ACCCACAAACUUUUUUUUUCACAAUCGCAGACUCUAGAAGGUUUUCGCGAGUUAAUAUGGAAAAAAUACGGGAUAAGUAUCGUGCCGCGUAGAUGGGCCCACAUCCAUAGCGCUACGGAUCGUCUCCAUUUCCAUAUUUAAAGGGCUCUGGUGGUUCGCUGAAACCCUAACAAGCGUAUUCGUUUCUGUCCAGCUUGCGCCGAUUCUCCCCUGAAAAUUCUAAACAUGGCUCGCCGGAGCUCUGGAAGAUCUUCUGGUUUUGGCCGAGCCCCUGCUCCUCGCCGGGCUCCAGCUCCUGCCCCUGUGAAAAAUUCACCUCCUCCAGCUCCCGUGCAAAGCAGUGGUGGUGGGUCAUUGUUGGGUGGCAUUGGAUCUACCAUUGCGCAAGGAAUGGCUUUUGGUGGUGGAAGUGCUAUGGCUCAUAGGGCUGUGGAUGCGGUAGUGGGCCCACGCACUGUUCAGCAUGAAAUGGUUGCAGCUCCAACACCUGGUGCUCAAGCUGCACCUGCAACCAGCAGCCUUGGUGGUUCUGAUGCUUGCAACAUGCACUCCAAGGCUUUCCAAGAUUGCAUAAACACCUCUGGGAGUGACAUCAGCAAGUGCCAGUUCUACAUGGACAUGCUGUCGGAGUGCCGCAGGAAUUCAAUGCUGAAUGCCUAAGCCUCUUGUUUUAUGUUUGUUUGCCCCUCUACGAGGCCCUGAAGCUUGAUUGAUUAUGGUGAUAAACAAAGUGGUGUGAAAUUUCACUUCACAUAUGUUAUUAGUAGGAUUGAUGCCAUGUACCAAUAUGAAUUGCUUCCAAUAAGUGUUUGAACCUCCUUUUUUGUUCGUUUUGAACCUAAAAAAUUGGGUUUUCUGUUUACCCAUUAUAUCCUUUAUCUUCUGUGGUU